AUGGUGACUUUCAACUUGUUCAAGAUCUCCAUCUUGGUCCUCGGCAACCGAGUAUUCGCGACACCUGUCCCAGACGACAACACAAUUCACGCUCGCAGCCCCCGACCACCGCCUCCUGUACCGCCUCACAUAAUUCCAGCACCUCUAGCACCUCCAGCAACCACCGCAAACCAAUUAGUCGUAGAAACUCACCCGCCUAGAGGCAUCCAAGUCGGCCCUAUCCCAAGAGUCCACCUUGUCCCAAGGCACCAACUCGACAGUUUCGCCGGCAAACCCGUCCCUCCACAUCGACCACGCCAACGGCGCAACCUACCAGACUCCGGCGACAUACCAGAAUUCCGCAACAUGCCAGACUUCAGCAAACUACCAGGCUUCAUAAAAGACGACAGGCAUAUAUGGGAUAACAAACAUUAUCCCGCCUAUUCCUUCGGGAGGAUCCUCCUGGGUGCAAAUUCCUUUGCGAACUCUAACCCUAGAUCGUGUAGUGGAUCUUUAGUUGGUCCCCGACAUGUCUUGAUAGCAAGACACUGCCUUGGGGAAAAAGUGGCCGACAGUAUUCAAUUCGAAUCCAACUUUUUUGAAGGUCCGAGGGGAGGAUCAUCAUGCAUCUACGAGAAUACAAUAUACACUCUGGAACGAUUGGGCUAUUUAAUUCUCGCGGAUCGAAUGGGUGAGAAACAUGGGUACCUCGGGGUAAAAGACUUUGAUACAAAGACGCUGAUGAACAAGCAACUCUUCUCACACGUGGGAUUUCCCAAUAAAUUCCCAUAUGAUAAGGGAAAACCUCUACGGCAGGAUGGAAUAUCCGUGGAGAAAUGCUAUAUCUCUUGCGAUAUUUAUGGGGUCGUGAGUUCACGUCAUAUGGACCUCGCCAAAAGUAUGAACCCUCCGGAUAAGUGUGUUUUUGUAUCGAGCACCAAGUUUAUCACAGCGGUUGCUAUGGCGCGACAGCAGUUUCCUUAG